GUGAGUGUUUCCCGCCCCCUUUUGAUGCAAAGGAAGAGGAGGUUGUGUUACUGCGUGGGUGUGGAUGCUGGCGGUGCUUAAUCUGCGGGGAGUGAAUGGAAGAGUUUGCGGGGCCGUCCUUUAACCCCGGCGAUGGUCGUUCGGCGGCUCAGUGACCACUGAUCGUGGAGGGAUAACUUCACUCAUGGAGGAAAUUGAGCGGUGGUUUCAUGACCUGCGCAUUGCAAAGAGAUCAACACAGAAAACUGAUGAUUUAACCUACCUGCUGGAUAUUGACUGCAUCAAAUCACCCACUGGUCAAAGUAGUCAUCUAGUUGCUGUUUCGUGUUCCAACCACUGCAUACGUGUAUACAAUAAACAGACUCUGGCUCUGGUUCAACAGUUCCAGGGCCAUUCUGCACCCAUAAGUGGAAUAAGAUUUGCACAAACCAACAGCCAGUUACUCUACUCUGCAUCGUGUGAUGGGACACUGAAGUGCUGGGAUGUGCGUUCGUCCAGCACCGAUGCAGUGCAGAUUUUUAAAGGCUAUCCUAAUAAUGCCUUUACCAGCUUUGACAUUAGCUGUGAUGAUUUAGUAAUCUGCGCCGGAACAGAAAAGAUUAAAGAAGAUACUUACAUGGUUUUCUGGGAUGCUCGAAGUGGAACAAACACGGAUUAUCCUGGAGCUCAGGAACCUCUCGGGGUGUAUUCGGAAACCCACAACAACGACAUUACCCAAGUGCGUUUCCACCCCUCAAAUCCCAACAUGGUGGCAUCAGGCUCAAUGGAUGGGUUGGUCAACAUUUUUGACAUCAGCCAAGAAACAGAAGAUGAUGCUCUCCUUGCAACUUGCAACUCUGAUUCUUCAGUCAGUUUCAUUGGUUGGUCAGGUAAGCAGCACCAGCAGAUUUUUUGCUUGACCCAUGACGAAGGUUUCUUUCUAUGGGAUCUCGCCCAUCUCCAUAACGAUGAGCCCAUCACACUGGUUAAGAUGCAGGAUGCCAGAAAGAGCUUGAAGUUGGACAGUGGCUCCCUGGAAUACCUGAUUGGAGGAUUUUACCACAAGAAAGCCGAUCGAUUGUUUGUGUUGGGCGGCAGCCAUAUGGGGAAGCUUCACUUCUUAGACUGUGAAGCCGGUGGCCUUGCCUAUAUGUAUUCACCAAGGGAUGGACACUCAGCUAUAGUUCGUGCCUUCUACUGGGAUCCUGAGGAUAAUUCUUUGUUGACGUGUGGGGAAGACUCUCAACUGGUUUUAUGGAAACCAAAUGCCAUAGAAACGACCACAGAAAAUAAGCCAACAAUGAAACUUCCUUCUGAUAUGCAGAUAAAAAUGAGAGUUCAUGGCAAAAGCACUUACAAAAGCAAGAAAUAAGAACUGCAGAUGCACGGUUGUAUUUGGCACAGCUGAAUUUCAUGAGAUUAACGAUUUUGCUCAGAGAAAAACAAUUCUUCAUGUCGAAUGGCAAUUUAGCCAUUUUAAGGCAGCAAAUUGGCAGAUUUAAACUGCAUCCAAACAAUGUAGUUUUUAUUGGAAAAAGCGCAUGAGUGCAAGACAAUGAAAAAGAUAGGGCGAGUGUUGGAAUUUCAUUUGCAUAAUUAUUCUUUUCUUUAUGAUAUUAAAAACAUAUCUUUGUACCAUAAAUCAAAUUUUAAUGGUCAAUGGUAAAAUGAUAUCUCCCUCACACAAAA